AUGGUAAUAUAUGAGAGUAAUUUCAAGUAUAGUACUCCUGAUAAAAUUUGUGAAUGGAUUAGCUGUGAGUUUUUAUUACUUCUAACAUUACUUCAGCCUUUACUUGAAGUCAACCAACCCCCUUAUACCCUUAUCAACGUCAACCUCGAACACAACUCCAACAUCGACACAAUCUCACGUAUUGGAAUGGACGAAAGAAAUUCCAAACAAAUCAACUUCAACAUUCAUCAAGAAGAAUUGAUGUUCUUAAGCUUGUUACUGCUUAAUAAAAGGAUAAAGGCUUCAACUUUGAGAAUUCGGUUACCUAAGGUUGGCCUUUCUGAUGACACCAAACACAUUAAGCACUCUCUUCGCAAUAUUUAUAAACAACUCACGCCUGACAAUAUACCCGUCGGUCGAGCUAAUAAACUUCAUAACAGUGAAAAAUUUCAAAAUAACUCAAUAAACUCAAAUUCUUAUCCUCCUGCUGAUACCACUGAAAAUCCCAUCAACACCACUUCUAAUACUCUAGAUAAUAUCAAUGCUACCACUAGUGUUAGGAUCAGUGAGGAACAUGUUGUUCCCUAUAAUAUUAUAGUUGAUAGGAGGAAUAAGUACCACAAGAGGCUUUGGCAGAGCAUGAAAAGACGUGAUUUACUCUCAUUUGAGCGUCUAAUUAAGGAAUUUCGCAAUUCUGGCAUUGAAUUUAACUGCACCUCCUACACUCUUAUUUUCAACGGAUUUCUCAUGUUUUAUAAGAAACAAUCAUUACAGCAGUUGCGAGCAGUAUCUCCUUUACGGUGCUUGGUACACCGUUAUACCAUAAGUGGUUCCUUUAGUUAUUUACAUAAUGGGAUCCACCCUGCAUUAAUCCGAUUUUUAUCAGUAUUUUCAACAAUAAAUUACUUUUCUCUAGAGAUUAAUGUGCGCUUACUUGGAAAUGGCCCACCUCAACUCUAUACCGCUCACUCACAAUUGGCUCUCCAUCACUCGUUCCUCAUGGCUCGUCUCUUAUCUCAUGAAUACCAAAUCCUAAUCUCAUACCCUUGUACAAAUUUACCCAAAUUUAUGAAAAAGUUAUAA